GUUCACCAGCUGUAUAUUUGAAGAGAAACAUCGACACUAGAAGAAAACAAAGACAGCCAGAAGGGAAGUGACCCGAUUUCAAGGAACAGUGAAGUCGGGCAGAUGUCUGGAUUCGAUGAUCGAAGGGGAACUAACCCCAAUUUUGGUUUCUCGACAAUGUCGGAAGAAUACCGGCAGGACAAAGAAGAAUUAACUGCCCGUUACCGAGAUAUACUUAACUCGACCCAGGGCGUUGGGGAGCGUGAAGUCAAGCAGUUGCCUGGUGUCGAUGCUCUAAAGGGAAGUGACCCGAAUUCAGGGAAGCGUGAAGUCAAGCAGUUGUCUGGUGUUGAUGCUCCAAAGGGAAGUGACCCGAGUUCAGAGAAGCGUGAAGUCGAUCAGUUGUCUGGAGUCGAUGCUCCAAAGGGAGGUGACUCGAAUUCAGGGGACAGUGAAGGUGAGCAGUUGUCUGGAGUCGAUGCUCCAAAGGGAAGUGACCCGAGUUCAGGGAAGAGUGAAGUCGAGCAGUUGUCUGGAGUCGAUGCUCCAAAGGGAAGUGACCCGAGUUCAGGGAAGCGUGAAGUCGGGCAGUUGUCUGGAGUCGAUGCUCCAAAGGGAAGUGACCCGAAUUCAGGGGACAGUGAAGGCGGGCAGUUGUCUGGAGUCGAUGCUCCAAAGGGAAGUGACCCGAAUUCAGGGAAGAGUGAAGUCGGGCAGUUGUCUGGAGUCGAUGCUCCAAAGGGAAGUGACCCAAACUCGGCUCAGGGCGUUGGUAAGUGA